AAGCUCCGAGCUGAUAGAGUCUUAGAUCUGGCAGAACAAAGAACCGAUGCAGCAGUACUGGAGGCCCGGGGAGCGUGCUCCACAGCUCCCAUACGACAAGGAGAUCGGCGGCUCAGAGGAGCCGCCAAGCGUCGUGUGGAAUACAAACAAGAACCUCUCCCUCGAUGAGCAGAGAAGACGCCUGCCCGUCUUCAGACACCGUAGGACGCACACACACACAGACAGACAGACAGACAGACAUACAAGACAUUGGCAGACAGAUGCACGUGACGCUGUGCACUGCCAAACAGGUCUGUCCAUCUUGUGGGCGCUGGAGAAACACCGCGUGGUCAUCUUGGUGGGCCAGACGGGAUGCGGCAAGUCCACACGUGAGCACACUCACAGAGAGAGAGAUUGGCCGGCCACGUGUGCAUCGCCAUCCUCUGUGUGUGUGUGUCUGUCUGUCUGUGUGCGCCAUGUAUUGUCCGCAGAGGUGCCUCAGUACCUGUGCGAGGCUGGGUGGACGUCCCACGGGCGUCGCAUAGGCGUGACGGUGCCCCGCCGCAUCGCUGCCAUGACAAUUGCAAGCAGGGUGGCCCAGGAGAUGGGCGUCAAGCUCGGCAGAGAGGUGCGUGGCCACCGUGCAGCCCAGCCCCCACACACCACACCCACUCACCCACUCACUACACGCCCACCGACCCAAGUGUCUGUCAGCCCAGCCACAUGUUGGUUGCAAGCUAUGUGUGUGGUGGUGUGGUGGCAUGCCAGGUGGGCUAUAGCAUUCGGUUCGACGACCAGACGACUGCGGGGGUGACGCGGAUCCAGUACAUGACGGACGGGCUGCUGCUGCGGGAGAUGAUAUCGGACCCCCUGCUGUCGGCCUACAGCCUCCUCAUCGUCGAUGACGCCCACGACCGCACAAUACAGACGGACCUCCUCCUGGGCCUCCUCAAGAAGUCAGUGAGUGACACACCUCAAGAAGCUGACACUUGCCGGCACUAUUGCAGCCAUUCUGCCUGUGUGUAUGUGUGUGUGUGUGUGUGUGUGUGUCAGGGUGAUGAAGAAGAGGCAGCACCUCCGUCUGAUCAUCUCGUCGGCCACACUCGAUGCUCAGGUGGACCCUGCAAACCCUCGACAAAUGAAUGCGCCAUCCCUCCCACCCUCUCACCCUCCCUCCCUCCCUCUCUCGCUGUCUGUCUGUGUGUGUGUCAGGCCCUGAAGGCCUUCUUCACUGACAGCGCGGCAGACGCAGAGGACACCCCCGAGAAGCCGUCGAAAUGGUCGUCUCGGUGGGACCAGCCGACCGGCUCCGCUGACUCGCGCAAAAGGAAGAGAGGCAGCGACAGGGGCAUAGGGGGCGGGGGAGGGGGCGGUGGGUGCGUGGUGUUGUCCGUGGAGGGCCGCACCCACCCAGUGGAGGUCGAGUACCUCUCAGAGCCCUGCAAGGACUACGUCGAGGCCGCCGUCAAAACAGGUGCCUUCGUGGAUGAGUGGGUGGAUGGACGGAUGCAUCGACAUGAGUGUGUCAAUAUGUGUGUGUUCCUGUGUGUGUGUGUGCAGUGAUAGACAUCCACGAGCAUGAGAGGGACGGUGACGUGUUGGUGUUCCUCACUGGGCAGGAGGAGAUCGAGGCCGCCGUCGAUGCCAUCAGGGAGGCCGCCCGGCACCUGAAGAACCGCACCCCACAGAGCCUACACGUCCACCCCCUAUACGCAGGUAGGCUACCUACACACACACACAUCCAUCCAUCCAUCCAUCGGUUGUCUGUGCACUUGUGUGCUGGUCAUUGCUGGAUGGAUGGAUCGAUCGAUCAGCCCUUCCUGCGGAUCGUCAGCUGGCGGCCUUCGCCCCGCCGCCGCGGUCGGUGCGCAAGGUGGUUGUGAGCACCAACCUGUGCGAGGCCUCCGUCACCAUCGACGGCAUCGUCUUUGUCGUCGACCCUUGCUACGUCAAAGCCAAGGCCGCAGACGCUAACUCGGGCGUCAGCUACCUCGUCGUGGCUCCCACCUCACAGGCAUCCGCCACACAACGUGCCGGCAGGGCCGGCCGCACACAGCCAGGUGAGCCCCUCCCCUCCCAAGACACACAGAGAGAGCCCAGAUGAGCUCAAUAAUCUUUUUGUCUCCCUCCCUCUGUCUGUCUGUCUGUGUGUCGGACUUCCGUCAGGCAAGUGUUACCGGCUGCUGCGCGAGGCGGAUUUCUCGCGUCUGCUGCCCCGGCAGACGGUGCCGGAGAUCAUGCGGACCGACCUGACGUCGGCCCUGCUCUACCUCAAGUGCCUGGGCAUCGACAACCUCGUCAGCUUCGAAUUCGUCAGCCCCCCCUCUCUAGCCGCAUACACCAGGGCGCUCGAGAGCCUCUAUGCCCUGGGCGCCCUCGACGACAAAGGCAAGCUGGUGGUGCCGCUGGGUGUGCGGAUGGCCGAGCUGCCACUGACGCCCGAGGUGAAUCGGAUGCUGCUGCUGUCGACAGAGGAGGGGUAUGGGUGUGCGGAGGAGGCGCUGAUCAUGGCUGCCAUGACGUCGGUCAAGUCGCCGUGGAUCGCCACGCGCAAGAAGGACUACCUGGAGCUGUGCAAGCUGAGCCUGGGGGUGGCUGAGGGGGACCUCCUGACCUACUUCAACAUGUACCAGCAGUACUUCUUCCACACGUCAGAGGAAUCCGACGACACGGGAUGGGCCGGCAGGUCAGUCCAUCCAUCCAUCCCUCCCUCCCUCCCUCCGCAGUGACCUUACCUUUUCUGUGUGCCGUGUGCUGCAUGGCAUGGGGUGUCUUUCUGGUGCGUUGGUGCGUGUGUUCCUAUGUCACUCAGGCACAUGGUGCACGGCCCGACCAUCCUCCGCGCGCGGGACAUCCGCAACCAGCUGGAGAAGCACCUGCGCCGAUAUAAACUCCCCAUCGUAAGCAUCGCAUUUAUCGCAUGUGUCGACGGUUGGUGGUUGGCUGGCUCGCUGGUUCAUUCUUUCUCUCUCUCUUGUCAGUCGAGUGGUGGCCAGGACACGCCGAGGAUCGCCCGGCUGGUGGCGGCCUCGCUGUUCAUCAAUGCGGCGCAGAACCAGGGCAACGGCAAAUACGUCCUCUGCAGAAGGUAAGCUCCCAUAGACUCACACACAUAAAGGAUGAUGGAACACGUGUGUGUGGUUGUGUGUGUGUGUGUUGAUAGUCCGCUGUCCUCCCCCGUCAUGUCGAUUCACCCCUCGUCCGUGCUCGUGUCCGCGCAGCCGCCGUGGGUGGUCUUCCAAGAGGUCAGCAGCGCCGCCAGUGACCAUUAUUCCCAUGCAUUCACACGUACACACACAUCGCUCUCUCUCUCUCUCUCUCUGAUGCUUGCGUGCGUGGGUGUGCGUGUGUGUGUGGUGGAUGCAGGCGGUGUUCAGUGGGGACACCCCGUACAUGCAGGGCGUCACGGCCAUCGACCCGCGGUCAGUCAAACAACCAACCAAUCGGCCGGCCAGCCAGCCCCAGAGCCUUGUCUGUCUGUCUGUCUGUCUGUGUUUAUGCGCGUGUAGGUGGCUGUCGGCCGUCGCGCCACAUUACUUCCACAUGAAUCUGCAGCGGGACGGCCGGUGAGACGUUCAUGUUGUGCGUGUGGGUGUGUGGGUGUGAUGGGAUACAUGGCCGGCCGGCCUUUUGCGGAGAGGAUUUGUGCAU